AUGAAUCUGAAUACGUUACAUGCGUGGAUGCAGGAGCAACUCCAGCCGCCGUUCUCCGCGGACGACGACGACGUGGCGAAGCGACCGAAGUGCCCUCCGUUUCGCCCGGUCAUCUUCCACGACGGUCGGCUCGUGCGCCGGCCGACGGCGCUCAUGUCCAUCGCCAUCCUCCUCUGGAUCCCCCUCGGCGUCCUCCUCGCCAUCGUCCGCAUCACGCUCGGCAUCGUCCUCCCCAUCCAGGCCCUCCCCUACGUCGCCCCCUUCGUCGGCGGCGCCGUCAUCACGCGCGGCCGGCCCCCCGCCCCGACUACCGGCGCCAACGGCUCGCCCACGGGCGUCCUCUUCGUCUGCACGCACCGCACGCUCAUGGACCCGGUGGCGCUCGCGUUCGUGCUCGGCCGGCGCGUGGCCGCCGUGACCUACUCCCUCUCCCGGCUCUCGGAGGUCCUGUCGCCGAUCCCGACGGUGCGGUUGACGCGCGACCGCGACACGGACGCGGCGCGGAUGCGGGCGGAGCUGGCGCGGGGCGACGUGGCGGUGUGCCCCGAGGGCACCACCUGCCGGGAGCCCUUCCUGCUCCGCUUCUCGGCGCUGUUCGCGGAGCUGAGCGACCGGAUCGUCCCCGUGGCGACCAACUACCGCGUGGGGCUCUUCCACCCGACGACGGCGCGGGGGUGGAAGGCCAUGGACCCCAUCUUCUUCUUCAUGAACCCGCGGCCGGUGUACGAGGUGACGUUCCUGAACCAGCUCCCCGCCGAGGCGACGUGCGCCGCCGGGAGGAGCCCCGUCGACGUCGCCAACUACGUGCAGAGGAUACUCGCGGCCACGCUGGGGUUCGAGUGCACCACCUUCACCCGCAAGGACAAGUACCGGGUGCUCGCCGGCAACGACGGCAUCGUCGGCGCCAAGCCCGCCGCGAUGGCGACGGCGACGGCGGCGACCAAGCCAGGAUGGCAGCGCCGGGUCAGGGAGGUGCUCGGGUUCUUGCGCUUCACCAAGAUCGAUUAA